GGGAGGGCGGUGCUCGAGCAAAGAGCCUUCCCCGCCAGAACGGCCGGAGAACACUCUCGGAUGCACCAUGACCACCGCCAAGGCAGUGAGGAGGGCAGCGGCAGCCGUCAACCUGUGCACCUUGGUGCUGCUGCUCGAUUUUAUCAGCUGUGGGAACCUAUCGUAUUUUGGAACUGUGAAUGGGAACGUCACUCUGGCUCCAUCAUUAACUGUAGAUUUUAAAGAGAUAAUAUGGAAAAAAGGAAAGAAUAAAGUCGUGGAAUGGGGAUCAGACUAUGAGGUCAAAUCUUACCCACCUUUUAGAGGUAGGGUUGAUUUAGACACUAAGUUGGGUAACCUCAUCAUCGUCAAUUUAACAUCAUCGGAUGAAGGUGAAUAUGAGAUUGAAUCCCCGAGCCUUACAGAUGACAAGAAAUUUUUUCUUACAAUUCUUGACCCUCUUCCAUCUCCGAUACUACAUUGUAUAUUGAUUAAUGAAAGCAUUGAAAUCCACUGUGAGAUCCCUCAGAGUUACCAUAGGCAUCGACAGCAAAUACAAUACGAAUGGCGUUGCCCUUUUCCACCAUGUGGAAAAGGCUUUCUCGGAAUUCCUUCUCCGCUCAAACUGGCCAAGUUAUAUCUUCAGGAGGGUGAUCUCUCGCAGAAAGUAGAGUGUGUUAUUGAGAAUCAAGAAUCCAAUAGGACAUCAUCAAUGGUUUUGUCAACCUGUGUCCCAAGUGUUCAAUUAAGGACGAGAUAUAUAUAUAAAGUCUUAUCAUUGGUAUUAGUAAUAUGCUUUGUAAUAGGUUUUCUGAAAUAUGCCGGAAAAAGAGAAAGUACCAACCCGACGUGAUGAAAUCAGAUCCAUAGUCACUAACUUAAAAUAAAAAAGUCAUUGGAUUUACCAUUCCAGUGUUACAUCACCUUCGAGAAAACUACAACACCUGAAGUGGCUCAUCAGAAGGUGUUCCAAAUAAGCAUUACUUUUUACUCUAUCCUUAAUGCUGUAUGACUACCUAGUCAUCUUGUUGUCCUUCAUACAGUAUACACUAGAAAACAGGCUUUUGUAAAUAAAUUUAAAUAU